AUGACGUCGCCGCUUGCGAGUGCGCCGGCCACGCCGGACCCGGCGCAGCGUUUGAGCACGCGCCCGGGCCGGCCCGGCGGCCGGGCUCCCCCCUCCAGGCGCAGCAAGGGCCCGGCGGCUCCUGCCUCCCGGCCGGCCCGGUGGCCCUGGGUGCUGGUGGUCCUGCUGGUGGUCCUGUCGGCCGGGCUGCUGGCCCGGCAGCUGGCCCCGCCACCAUCGGGCAUCGUGUCCGACGCGCUGGCCUGGGCGCGCUGCCGGCCGGACAGCCCCUCCUACCUGCCCUGUGUGCCGGGUUCCUGGCUGUCCGAUCAGACGGUGACCAUCGACCCGAAUGGGCUGCGCAUUUACUCCGGCAGUCGCCGUGGGUCGUCCCGGGGCUCGGGUGCCGGCGUGGACAUCCGGCCGCCCGUGGUGCCGGCCACCGAGGCCGAGCCGGCCGACACCCUGCUGGACACGCCGCCCUGCCCGUGUCUCUGCACGCUGGCCGCGUCGGAAAGUGAGUCCAAUCCCCUGUGUGCCAGCAUCGGCACACUGGAUGCCCUGGUGUUCCCGGGGAAGCGUCUGCGCGAUUCGUCGGAGACCUUCCACUCGCUGGUGCAGAAGCUGUCGCGCGAGCCGCUGUUCCGCUUCUUCGGGGUCCGACUGUACCGUGCGUGCGCGGCCUUCGACGAUGCCAGCAUGAAGUGCUCGAGCGAGUACUGCCAGGUCAUUCGCCCGGACCAGGCGGAGGCCGGCCAUGAGCUGUGCAACGAUGUAGACAACGCCGAAAUCGACACCUGGCUUUCCAAGACCGAGGAGAAGUUUUUCAACCACGACCUUUUCUACAAGAAGGUCGUCAGCCACCCGGAGCGUGUGCGGAACCUCUACUUCGCGUACAGCGUCCUGCACCAGGCCAUCGCCAAGCUCGCCGACCGGCCGGAUCUCCUGCUGCCGGCCAAUGCGCAGCUGGGCUUCACCGACAGCGCGGCGGCUCUGAUCGCCGAAAUCACCGAACAUGCGCGCGAGUUCCCGCCCACCUUCGACGCGGACCAGCUCUUCAACUCCGACACCGGGGGCCUGAAGUCGGAGUUCCGCGAGCGCUUCCGCCAGCUCGAGCGCCUGAUGGACUGCGUCGAGUGCGAGAAGUGCCGGCUGUGGGGCAAGGUCCAGAUUUUGGGCUACGGCACCGCUCUGAAGGUCCUGCUCAAUGGCGAUCCGGCCGGGCCCCGGAGCCCGGUGCUCUUCCGCAACGAGCUGACGGCCCUCAUCCAAACCGCCAAUCUGGUGGGCGAGAGCAUCGAGUUCCUGCACGAGUGGCACGAGCACCACCACCGGACCGGCGGCGGGGCCCGGGGCCUCGUCCCGCCGGGCGGGCACCUGCUGCCAUCGCCAUCCUCGGCCUGA